AUGUCCAAGAAGACCGCAACCAAUAAGUCUGGAUCUACAUCAGCAUCAGCACCAGGAACGAACUCCUCGCAAAAACCACUUUCUCAUACGCUAUGGUCUCCAUACGACACUGUUCGAGAUGUCAGCGAUUCAUUAGGUAUAUCAUGGCAAUUGACAGAUGAAGUGGCUAAAAAUCUAGCUAUGGAUGUUGAGUACAGAAUCCAUGAGAUUAUAGAGCAAGCAUUAAAGUUUAUGAGACAUGGGAAGCGUAAAACCCUUACUACUCAAGACAUAGAUAGAGGUAUGAAGGUUUUGAAUCUAGAACCUCUAUAUGGUUAUGACACGUCAAAACCAUUAGUUUUCAAGGAAGCCAUGAUUGGACCCGGCCAGACUCUAUACUAUAUUGACGAAGAUGAGGUUGACUUUGAAACUUUAGUCAAUCAACCCUUACCGAAAGUCCCAAGACACGCCACUUAUACCGCACACUGGCUUGCGGUUGAAGGUGUUCAGCCUGCCAUUCCUCAAAAUCCAAAUCUGUCAGAUAUCAAGCAGUUGCCAAUUUCUCAAAGGGGAACUCUUGAAAACAUGCUGAGCUUGAACAACGAAGAGAUAACCCUUGUUACAAAUCCGAAAACAGGUGUUACGUCAGUCGAGUCUAAACAAGAUAAAAAGGAGUUGGAAGUUCGUCCACUUGUUAAACAUGUCCUCUCUAAAGAGAUGCAAUUGUAUUUUAACAAGAUUAUAGAGGUAUUGGCAGAUGAAAAUAAUGACGCUCUGAAAACUGCUGCACUAGAAUCAGUCAAAAAUGAUACUGGUUUGCAUCAACUACUUCCAUAUUUGGUGCAAUAUGUUGCUGAAACAAUUACACAUAAUCUAAAGAACCUAAAUCUAUUAACAACCAUGUUAAUGCUCAUAUAUUCUUUAAUAUCCAACACAUCUCUAUAUUUGGACCCAUACGUGCAUGCGUUGAUGCCAUGUAUCUUGACGUUAUUAUUAGCUAAAAAUAUUGGUCCAAUUCACGCGGAGACAGAUGAAGAGAGGAAUGGCCACUUUCAGGUGAGAACUCUUGCCUCUUCUUUACUACAGAAAAUUAUUGAUAAUUACGGAUCAUCAUAUCAUACACUAAAACCGAGAGUGACUAGAACCCUACUAAGAGCAUUUUUGAGUAAUACUACAAGGAGUUCCAUUGGUACCCAAUUCGGCGCAAUAAUGGGGAUGAAGUCACUUGGAUCUGAAGUUAUUAGGAUUAUUCUAGUUGGAAACCUAAGAACUUGGUCAACGGUUGUUCUUGAGAACUUUGAACCCGACAGUGAAAACAGGAGGAUUUUAUUGAAACAAGUGAUUGAAUGCCUGUCCCUUUUAACAGACGAUGGAAAUUUAAUUGUGGGUCGUACUAAGAAGCAUAGUAGAGAAGGAGAAAAUGUUGCCUCUGAAGAGAUGGAUGCAUGUAAAGAGGAAAAUGUCAUUACUGACAGCAUGAAAGAAAAGCUGGUAGAGAGGGUUGGAGGGUUGGUUGCAAACGCAGUUUGCGAACAAACAAACGCUGUUGCGAUCUACCACGGGAUUUUCUUUGGUGAAGUGUGA